CCUUAAUACACAGCAACAAACUCGGCAGAGGAGAAAACCACAGUGCCACGCCAUGAUAAAAAAUGCUUAACUUUUAGUAGUUAAAAAGAGAAAAUAGAAGCCAAUUGGAGAGCGAAAUGUGAGACAGCGCAAGCAGAAGUCCCACCCUCGCCUGCGCGUUCGAGCCUCGGUAAAGCUGCAGCAUGUUCGCUGCUCAGAGGGACUAUGGUGGAGGGGAAAUAGUCAUGGCGGCGCUCGCGGAGGAGGGGAGGUACCGUGUGAGCUGCUGCGGUCGCGAUGGGAGCGCGACCUCCGUGUUACACGUGAAACUGACCGAGACAGUUUACAGGGCGUUAAAGAAUUACCAAAACUCUAAGAAUGCGUUGUCCUCAAGACCAACAAUACAGUUCAAGGGGCAACAAGGGAGCGUGAGGAUUCCCCGUGCGGACGACCCCUCUGCUUCGGCCUCCUUUGACUUCUUCGUGUCCCGAGUCGGGAAGGACGGCCCUCAGGGAAGCUUUGAGUGCGUGCGCCAGGAUGUCUCGGGCAGCGACGUGCCCCUCCUGUCCUGCAUGGGUGUGGUGCAGGACAAGAUCACGCUCUGUGCCUCUAGCUCCCACGACCCCCCGCAGCGCCCCCCACAGGCUGAGGUGGGUAUGCGCAAACGGGAGACCAAACCCGCCAAGCCUGCCGACGGCCCCUCCACAGGUAAGAGGGUCCCUUUCCGAAAGCCGGCUCCGUCCUCCUCCCCCUCUGACCUGGUCCCGGAGCGGAAGCGCUCCACGCCCGUCAACCCGGCCGCCCUGCUCCGGAAGGGUCCCCCGAACCCGCCGCCGGUGUCCCAGGCGCGCUACCGCGACCGCGUGGUCCACCUGCUGGCCCUGCGGCCCCACAAGAAGCUGGCGGUGCUGGCCCGUCUGCAGCGGGACAAGAUCAACCCCAAGGACCUGGGCAGCACUCUGCAGCAGGUGGCCAAUCUGAACCCGAAGGACAACACGUACUCCCUGAAGGACCACCUGUACCGGGACGUCCGGAGGGACUGGCCCGGGUACUCAGAGGAGGAGCGGGAACAGCUGGGGCAGAUUCUGGCCAGCAAAUUUGGCACCCAGUGUGAGUCUCCCUCCACCAAAAGUCCAAAAGAGUCCAUUCCAACUUCACAACAGAGAGGUCAGGAGUGCGACUUCAUCGACCCUCUGAUGCCCAAGAAGUCCCGGAUCUCCCACAUCAGCAGCCGCGCCCCCGUGACCCCGCCUCCGAGCGAUGGCCACGCCCCCUCCAAGGAGGACAAGCCCGCCCCGCCCGCCCCCCACCUCCCAGCGUCCAACCCGCCGCUCCCCCUCAGCUCCCGCUCCCCGAGCACGCCGGAGGGCUGCGGCACCCAGGCCCUGCCCGUCGACGCCCAGAGCUCCCGCGUGGACCAAUCACGGAGCUCCUCCACGCCCGCUCCUAGCCCCGCCCCUGCCCUCGCUCCCGGCUCUGCCCCCACCCUCGAGCAGAGGGAGGGCGGCGGGAGCAAGAAGCCCAAAAAGAGGUCCAAAAAGCGCAAGGAGAGGGAGGAGAGCCCGGACCUCCCCACCACCAAAAUCGCCAAAUCUGACCGAGAAGAAAGCACAGAGGCUCCGGUCCGCUCCAUGGAGGUGACCUCCACCGACGUGAUUCCAGAUUACUUACAUAAGUUCACCGCCGUGACGUCCAUGACGCAGCGUCAGAGCUACAAGGACGACUUCAACGCGGAGUACGGCGAGUACUGCGCGCUGCACGCCCGCGUGGAGAAGGUCACCCGCCGCUUCACGCAGCUGGACUCCCAGUGCAAGCUGCUCCAGCCCGGCACCAAGGAGCACAAGGAGGUCCAGGAAGAAGUCUUACAGGAGUACAACAAAAUGAAACGAACCAGCCCCAGCUACAGGGAGAUGAAGCAGAGGUGUGAGCACCUCCAUAACAAGCUGGCCCACAUCAAGCGCCUCAUCGCCGAAUUCGACCAGCAGCGCGCCCGCACCUGGGACUACUGCGCCGACGCUGGCAGGGACGGGCGGGCCAUCCCCAGCACAUGACCCGCCCCAGAAACCCGCCGCCCCGCCUCCCCCGCCCUCUCCAGGCCCCGCCCCCAAAAAUACCCCACCCACCCCCCUCAGGCCAAAACAUUUCACCUGGUGUAAAAUCAGAUUCUUUAUUAUCUUCCUCUUCCUUUUAUUUCCCUCUUUCUUUUUUUUUUUUUUCUUCCAGUGUUUCUUCAGCUGUGUUCCUCUGAAACCUUUAGAGGAAGUGAGAAAAAUGUCCUAUGCAUGCUGGGAGACCUGCUGACCCGGCAAAAAAACAACAAAAAAAAACAAAACCAAAAAAGAACAAAAAAUAUAUUUUUGAAAAGGAGGAAAAAAGAUGCAUUUGCAGAAAAGGAGAGGGAAGAUGUGUUUAUCUAGGACAGAGGAGACUGGAGACUCCGCAGAUGGGGAUAAUCUGAAGUGUGUCUUUAUAAGUGAUGCAGAAUGCACCAGCCAGCCUAAUGUGUUAAAGGUCUUUCAAAAGCAAAUUUGCACGUAUAAGGAAAAAGGGUGUGUGCGUGCAUUUGUGUGUGCGUACAUGCGUGUGUGCAUGCGUUCGUGUGUAUAGGUGUGUGCCUGUGGGUACAUGCGUGUGUUGUGUAUUUACGUGAGGAGCACUGAAAUCUCAGAGCUCGUGGGGGGGUUGAACAGCCAGGGGGGCAGGGGGGGGAGACCCCACCCCACCCCACCCCGUCCCCAGGGCUGGCUGGGUGUGCCGGGUGCUUUCCGAAAUGCCACAUCAGUUUUUUGAGACGAGUGUUUAACGGCUGUGUCACCCUAGCCUACCCGGUGACCCGCCCCCCCCCCCCCCCCCCCCCCAGUGGGCGCCGUAAGGUGCUUACCGGUUUACUAGCUGCUGAUGCUGAGUUACUGUGUCCCUGUUUCCAGGGCAACAGCUGGGGGGAAGGGGGGGCUGCAGUGCUCUGCCAACAAAUGACAUACAUGAUUUUGCUGGUGAGCUGUCUGUGUGUGUGUGUGUGUGUGUGUGUGUGUGUGUUUGGGGCGGGCAAGGGAGUGCGCGCGUGUGCAAGUGUGUUUGGUUGGGGGCAAGGGAGUGUGUAGUGUGAGCAUGUGUGUGUGUUUGUUGGGGGGGGGGGUAGAUGAGUGUGGGGGUGCGUGUGUGUGUUGGAGGGGUAGGGGAGUGUGGGGGUGAGUUACGACUGAAAAAAAGAAAAUGAGAAGAAAAAAAAUGCUGCUAGUUCUUUGUUCGAAGCCAGAACACUCAGGAUAAACCUGAAAAGUGUUUGUGAUCUUGUGAGAACAUCCACCCAGAAGUACUGCCACUAAACAGCUUCAAUCAUAAGACUAAUAAGUUUGAGAUGAAUACCUUGGUUGUAAUUUAUGAAAGAGAAUCCAUAUAGGUUUAGCAGUAUCUACUUAAGAAAUUGUACCUGGCCUUUAUGUGCCAGUUUAUUUUGGAAGAGGAGACAAUGCACAAAGAAAAAUGUUGACAUCUGCCAAAAGAAAUAUCUAUUUAAGAAUUCUUCCUGAUUUUCCUGAAGUUUGAGAGCAGGUUUAUUUAUGAAUUGCAAAUUAUUGUUUUUUUUUUUUCUUUAAGAACUUUCACAGAUUUAUUUGGGAGUAUCACUAAGUCGAUGGGAGUCAAAGUUAAUAUAUAUUGUAGUCUUAUUAUUUUGCUGUAAAAGUGCUACCAGAUGUAUAAGGGAAGCAUUGUGUUUACAAUCCUGUGUUUUACAAUAUUUACCAACAAAUAAAAUAUUGUUUCAGGGUUAGAAAAUAUAAACAUCUCCAUGUCAAGUCUGACAACUAUAAGCCAGAAGAAAAAAAACAUCAGCAGAUUACGGUACAUUGGUCAGCUCUUAAAACAUAAUUGCAGCUCAAAGAGACCAGUGAAUUGAUUGUAGCAGUAUUUUCCCUACAGUUUCCCUACUUUAAAGUUCCUAAGACGUUUGUUCAGUAUGAUGGAUUCAGUCAACAGUAUGAGACAUUUAUAAAAUGCACUAUAGUAAGCAUGUUUCGAGUUUUCCACCUACUCUUUAUACUUUUGGCAGUUCUCAUUGGUGAUCUGAUUCACACUGUAUUUUUAAACUACGGAUUCAACAUCAAGGCACGCGGUCAACUGCCUGUCUGACCUCCGAUGGGAUAUCGGACUCGGGUCAGAAUCGGGUUCUCCGAUUCCCGGUUUCCGAUCGCACCACAGAAACCAAACCGUAGUCAACGGUGUGGUAAGGGGCCUGCAGCGCCCCCUUCCUGUUAUAAAAUGACAUCCACGUACAGGCGAAAAUGAGCUGGUCACGGGCCAAGCGCCAAACUUCACCAAAGACCUGAAUCGGUCCGCCUAACGUGGGUGUGCUUCUCACUGUCCGGAGCAACUUGGACGUGAAAUGGUUCCUCAGUUCCAAAAGUGUUAUGAGGGUAAUCAUCCCUGUAUCUUGUAACACUUUGUGUAUUUAUUUUUCUUUGUCUUUUUUUUUUUUUUGCUUAUCCUUUAUCGAUUUUUUUUUUCUUUUCUUAUUUAUGGCAAAUUAACUAAUUUUCAGACCAAGGAGAUGUCCCGCCCAGAUCAUUUAACGAUAGCUGUGUAUUUGGAAACCUUUUCUCUGCGAGAAAGUAAUUUAGCACUAGCAGAUGUCGGUCCUCCCCCCCACCUCCCCUUUUUCGAUCAAUCAGUGUUCCUGUUACAGUUCCAGAUAUUUGCUUGUGUUCCUUAAGUGUUGGACGUGCUUCUGUGGCUUGUGACGUGGGCUCCAUGUCCCUGUGGAGUAUUAGGGCGCAUCCCAAUAUGCCUUUGAUCUGCCAAGCGUGAUCUCCUCAAAUUAAAAACGUCGCUUUACUUUCCAGCGCGCUCUUCAUGAAGUUGCUGCCAUCGUUUUAUUUGUUAGCAGAAUCCCCACCCCCAUCGCAGAAAAGCAGAAAUUGGUCAGGGAAUUCAGUGAAAACCUCCAUUGUUGGUCCUGGACCUGGUGGGCCAUGGAGUGUUUUGUUAUUAUUCUGGGUUUCAUAUUUGGUCUCGUUUGGUCGGAGUUGAUGUCUGAUUUCUGGAUUGCAAGACAUUUGUGGAAGAGAUGUGUGUUUGGGAUGUGUAUUUAUGCUACAAAAAAGAUAAAAGCACAGCUGUUUUAAUUUUGGGCCUCUUGGAUAUGUCCUUUAAGGUAGAUUCAUGGUGCUAGACUAGUUAGUGGGUCAGUUUAUUAAUUAUUAUAUGAACUCCAAACAGUUGAAUGAUUUAUUUGUCUUAAGCUAACUACCCCGGAGCUACCAAUGCCCUAAAUGAGUUUUGAGCCAGCAUAGUUUAAAAAUAAAAAUGAGUCCCUGUGCCUUUCAUCUUUUUUUAGUUGAACAGCAUAUGCUUGACUGCACAUCUUCUCAGCAGGUGCGUUGUGGUUGAUAAGACUUCAACUUCAAACCCCACGGCGGCUCAGCUCAAAUUAAAAUCUGCUAUUGGCAGUAUCGAGGAAUGCUCGAUGUUUAACGCCUCGAACCUCAGCAACAGACAGGAAUCCAGGUGCGCGCCAGGUGCCUUUAGCCACCUGUGUGCACAGAACCUACGCGUCUGUCAUCCAGGACUUGUGGCCUUUGCGGUCAGAUGGUCACGGGUUCGAGCCCCGGUUUUGGAUACCGCUGCCGUAACACCCCCCCCCCCACGCAAGUGUCCUUUGGUCAGUUCACGCUUCAGCCUGAAAGCGCUCGGUGCUGGAACAGUCGCGUGUGGAUCGAAGUCGCAGGACGAUGCGAGCGAUUGCGGGCGCGUUGGAUUUCUCGCAGCUCUGUGCAGACGCAAUGGCCCGGCCGUCCCAAUCUCCAAGGCAGGUUUAGCACCGUGAUGCUGCCCCCCACCCCCCCCCCCCCCCCCUUACACCGAACUGCCCUGCUUUGAAGUCCAAACAGCGCUAUCUGUUUGCACAAGAAUCCUGUCCUUGCUUUGACCCCCGAAGGCGGGGCUGAGUCUGAGCAUCGGUCCGGAAGUCACAGAACAGAAUGCGGUCAGAGGAUGUUUCAGUGUCUUAAUGAGAAGAAGAGAAGUGUCCGUCAUUCAUUAGCUUGAUAAGCGGGAUGGAGUGAUGUGAUCAAUGUAAAAACUGGAUUUUUUUUUUUUGGAGGGAGGGGAUGUGGUUUAUUUGGUUCUUUUCUUUAAAUGAAUGAUGAAUUCUUGAAUGCCUAUGAGAAAAGGCAUCGGAGUACAGUGUGUGCCAUAAUGACCACUGAAAUGUCAUCAUUUUAUUUCUUUUUAUUUUUCUUUUUUUUUUGACAUGGGGUGGGUAACAGACUGUGAGUGUACGACUGCACUGCCCUCCCUGUUAAAAAAAUGAAUUUCAUCAGUUCAAUAAAAUGUGAAUGUGACCACAAA